AUGCAGCAUGUACAACAGUCCCACCUCCAACCUAAUCCGAAGGAAGAAACUCCAGCAGCAGAAGCGCCAUCGUCCCAUGGGAACGCGGCUGGAGUGGGUGUAAAGAAGAUUGUUCGACCUCAUUCAGCUGCACCUGUGCCACAAUCUGCUAAGGAGGAGAAACAAGCUCCGAACAGCAAAAACAAUAACAAAAACAGUGAUGUCCAUUUACAUAAACAGUCUUCUUUAUCUCCACAGGAGAAUUCCAUUGACCCCUCAAAGACAUCUGAAGCGGAAAAGAUGCCCGUCUCUGAGUCCUCAUCCAGCCCUAUCACUUCUGAACCCACUGUUGUUUCUGAACCCACUUUUUCUCCCAAGGAGGAUAAGAAUAAUUCAACGGAAAGCAAUGAACAAGGGCGUGAGAACGUAACACAGCCCACCACCCAAGAUGGGAAGAAUGAUGGAAUAAAUACCACUGGAAAACUAAUUCAUCCAGACAUUCCCGCAACCGUUGAUGAGAAGAACAGGGAAGGGUAUUGUGAAUACUGUCAGCAACACAACAACAAGCAUUCCAGAGAAUGUAAACACGGCUGCAGCUGUUCCUGCCCCUUUGACGGGACUAAACAGCACUCAGAUGGGACAAGUAAUGAACCACACAGGUGCCUUUGCUGUUGUGGGUGCUGA